AAAUAUUCUAAACUAUUCACAACCAAACCAGUCUCUUUCUAAUUCACAAAAAGCAAGUCAAACAACUGGUUGGAUGCAUACAUUUCAACUCACCACUUGAACCUGAAAAUCCAAUUAUGAGUCGAUUAUUGUUGAAAUUGAUUGUACUACAAAGCAUUUAAUCCUAAUCCUAUUUGUACUACACACGUCUGAAGGUAUUUUAUGACAAUUGAGGGGGCGAGAGAGAUUGAAGAGAGCGAAAUGAUGGAUCAUACGACACCCGAGGAAAACGACGACGGCGAUUCAGUUAAGAGGUUGCCGCCGUGGAACAAGCACAUCACGAUUCGAGGAUUGGUGGCUAGCUUAUUGAUCGGAAUCAUGUACAGUGUAAUCGUGAUGAAGCUUAAUUUGACCACUGGACUCGUACCUAAUUUAAAUGUCUCAGCUGCUCUUUUGGCGUUCGUGUUCAUCAGAACAUGGACGAAGCUCGUUCACAAAGCUGGAUUCGUAACAACGCCGUUCACCAGACAAGAGAAUACAAUCAUUCAAACAUGUGCUGUCGCUUGCUACAGCAUUGCCGUUGGAGGCGGAUUUGGAUCUUAUUUGUUGGGAUUGAACAAGAAGACAUACGAACAAGCUGGAAUCGAUACAGAAGGAAAUUCACCUGGGAGUUUUAAAGAACCUGGAAUCGGUUGGAUGACUGGCUUUUUGUUUGUUAGUAGCUUCGUUGGGCUUUUGGCUUUGGUUCCUCUUAGAAAGAUUAUGAUCAUAGAUUAUAAGUUGACUUACCCUAGUGGGACAGCUACAGCGGUGCUCAUCAAUGGUUUCCACACUCCCAAAGGCGACAAAAUGGCCAGGAAACAAGUUGUGGGGUUCACCAAAUUUUUCGGUGGUAGUUUCUUGUGGGCUUUUUUCCAGUGGUUUUAUUCGGGUUCAGGCACUUGUGGCUUCACAUAUUUCCCCACGUUUGGGUUAAAAGCUUAUGCGAACUCGUUUUAUUUUGAUUUUAGUAUGACUUAUAUAGGAGCAGGGAUGAUAUGUUCACAUCUAGUGAACUUGUCGUUGCUUGCAGGUGCUGUACUAUCGUAUGGUAUAAUGUGGCCGCUCAUAGGUGAUCGCAAAGGCGAUUGGUUUCCUUCUAGUUUACCUCAAAGCAGCAUGAAGAGUUUAAAUGGUUACAAGGUUUUCAUUGCGAUUGCACUUAUCCUAGGCGACGGUCUGUACAAUUUUCUCAAGAUAACCUUUUUCACUGCCAGAAACAUAUAUUCCGCCUCAAAAAAGAACUCCAAAAACAAACCAGACGAAAAUAGCCAACCCCAAGAUACCCUCCAACUAAACGAGGUAUUUUUGCGAGAAACCAUUCCCUUCUGGGUAGCAGCCGUCGGUUACAUCCUCUUCUCUAUUGUCUCCAUCAUCAUCAUCCCAAUCAUGUUCCCUGAGCUCAAAUGGUACUUCGUUCUGGUGGCUUACAUCAUCGCACCAUCCCUAGGCUUCUGCAAUGCGUAUGGAGCGGGCCUAACCGACAUGAACAUGGCAUACAAUUACGGAAAAGUUGCCCUUUUUGUCCUCGCAGCAAUGUCUGGAAAAAACAACAGUGUAAUCGCGGGACUUGUCGGAUGCGGUUUAAUAAAAUCAAUCGUAUCGAUUUCGUCUGAUUUAAUGCACGAUUUCAAAACCGCACAUUUAACCCUAACUUCACCUCGGUCAAUGCUGGUCAGCCAAGCAAUCGGGACUGCAAUCGGAUGCGUAGUGGCUCCGUUAACGUUUUUCCUUUUUUAUAAAGCGUUUGAUGUCGGGAACCCGGAUGGUGAAUAUAAAGCUCCGUAUGCUAUUAUUUACCGAAACAUGGCGAUUUUAGGUGUCGAAGGGUUCUCUGCGUUGCCACGUCAUUGUUUACAGUUGUGUUACGGGUUUUUCGCGUUUGCCAUGCUGGCGAAUAUUGUACGUGACACGUGGCAGAAGAUCGGGAAGUGGGUCCCGUUACCGAUGGCUAUGGCUGUUCCAUUUCUUGUUGGGGCUUAUUUUGCUAUUGAUAUGUGUGUUGGGAGUUUGGUUGUGUUUGUGUGGAGUAAGUUUAAGAAGGAAAAGGCGGAUUUGAUGGUUCCUGCUGUGGCUUCGGGUUUGAUUUGUGGUGAUGGGUUGUGGAUUCUUCCUUCAUCCAUUCUUGCUUUGGCUGGGGUUAGGCCUCCGAUUUGUAUGAGUUUUUUGCCUACAUAGAAUUCAGGAGUUUGGUUAUUUAAAGAAGACUUAGAUAGUAGUUUAGAAAUUGUAAUAAAUAGAAAUUUUUGUUGCUCAAAUAGUAAUAUUUAAAUGUUGUAAUAGAGGAAGCAU